AUGGGAGUCAAACCUCUAACUUGUGUCUUGCUUGUGCUUGUGACAGGACAUAACCCGACUCUAGAAUGCCCUCACUGUAAGGACGUGCUGGAUCCUGAAAUCUGCGUUACAAAUUACAGCCACUGUCACAGAGACCAUGAUAUUUGCCACCUGACAACCAACGGAACUCAUUUCUCCUCCCGAUGUGGUUACAGCGCAAGUGCAUCGACCACACCCACAACGCCAACAACAACCACCACCACACCCACACCACCCUCCCCGCAGUGUCAACAACACAACAUCCAUCCACAGUACUACACCCACAUCAACUACUACACCUUCAUCUACUGCAACAUCUACAACUACUACACCUGCAACUACUGCAACAUCUACAACUACUACCCCUACAACUACUGCUUCACCUACACCAACACCAACAACUGCAACAUCUACAACUACUACACCUGCAACUACUGCAACAUCUACAACUACUACCCCUACAACUACUGCUUCACCUACACCAACACCAACAACAACUGCAACAUCUACAACUACUACACACCCAACUGCUCAACAUCUACAACUAUUACCCCUACAACUACUGCUUCAUCUACUGCAACAACUGCAACUACAACAUCAUCAACCUGCUCUACACCUACAAAACCGUCGUCUACCUCUACUUCAACUACUACACCUGCAUCUACUGCUACAUCUACAACUACUACACCUACAUCAACAGCAACACCUACUGCUGUACCUACAACACCUCCUUCUACUACAUCCCCUUCAACGAGUACUAUACCUACAUCGACAACUAGUACACCUACGUCUACUGCUACACCUACUACACCACCCUCUACUGCCCACACAACAACUACUACACUAGCAACUACUCCGGCAGUCCACCGUACGUGCUAUCAGUGUGGUAGCGUUGACGACGGCACAUACUGCACCCUCCAAGACAUAUAUAUACCUCAUGCAUCUUCCUGUCCGGCUGGGACAAGUUUCUGUAUGACUGACAUCGAACAACAUGUCGAUGGUACAACCAACUAUAUAAAGAGAUGUGUCGAUCAAAACCAGUGCCAGAAGUUGUGGUAUGAGCAGACAUCGGACAUUAGCGAGUGUGUCGACAUGGAUCCCACCACCUUGAUGUCAGCAAUGACUUGCAGAUACUGCUGUACAACUGACAACUGCAACGGCGGUAAAAUCCCUGCCAAAGAAACCCUGUAUAACCCAAAGAACUGA